AUGCCAGGCAAGGUAGACACACACCACUGGGCCUUGAUUGUAGGCCCAAAAGUCGAAGCAGAGGGUAAUCUGGGUGUGCGCUACCACGCAAAGGAGAGACCAAAAGCGAGAGGAGGUACUGAAUGGUUCUUUGAGGAGAGCGAGUGUUCACCUGCCCCUUCUAGCAUGUUGCUUGUUCGUAUCAUGAUUGGAAAGGUAGUGGAUGCGAAUCUGCUUGUCGGAAUUCUGCAGAAUACGCCUAAUCGGCAGGGCCAUCCAGGUUGGAACUGUGUCUUUUGGGUGAAGGAGGCUCUGGAGAAGCUCAAGGUCAAUCCCAGCGCUUUAGGCACGAGUGUCGUCAAGUGA